AUGGUGAUCGUUAAUGGUGUUGCUAGCAGAACAAGGAGCAAGAAGAAAGAGAGGUCUUUGAAUCCGUCACCGUGUGUUGGAUCAGGAUCCCGAACAUUGUCUUCUUCGUCAUCAAAGUCCAGCGAGAGAAAGAAGGGGAAAAGAAAGGCUGAAGUUGAUGUUGAGGUUGUGGAAUUUGACUAUGAGGCUUUCCAUGAAAGAUGGAUGAUGGAACCUCGGCAACCUCUUGAGAUGCCUCCACCAAGAGACGUGAUUGAACUCAGCGAUGAUAGUGAUGAUAAUGCAGCUGCUGAGGGGUUGCAGAAGCUUCAUCGUGGGUAUGUUAAUGAAGAGAAGAAGGAAGAAGUUCAAGAGAGAAACGUGUUUCCUAUUGAUGGUGCUGGAACUUCUGCCAACGAUCCUAUAAUCGUUGGUUUGAGUGAUACUAGUAGUGAUGAAGGCACUGAUGACAGUAAUGAGGGCCGUGGAAGAAGUUUUGACUGGGAUUUUGGAUUAUCAAGUGAGUCAGAGGACACUGAUAACAGUGAUGAUGAAGAUUUCAGAGUGGAGGAUGAGGGAGAAGGUGAAGGUUCAGCUUCAGCAUCAGCUUCAGCAUCAACUUCAGCUUCAAGCAGUGAUGAUAGUGGUUCAAGUUCUUUUGAUGAUGAGGAUGAAGAGGAGGAAAAGGAGAAGAGGAGAUGUAAGAGGAGGAAGAAGGAGAAGAAGAGAAAAGAGCCAACUUUUGAGUCUCAUAGCAAUAAAGUUUUGCGCUGCGACGAGGUGAUUGUGGAAACUGAAUGCUCUGGAAUUUGCAAGAAGAAUGGUGAGAAUAAGAACAAUUCAUCGUCAACCGAGAAUAAUGUAUUUGAUCAUCAGCCAGAGAAUAUGCUACCAAAGGAUGCAGAUUGUGCUAGUGCUCUCUUUGGAGAACGCAAUACGGAGGGUUGUUCUUCAGAAAAGAAUGAAGACAAGGAAAAGAAUGUAGCCAAGAAACCGGUGGAGGUUUGUUCUUCAAAAAAGAAUGAAGAUAAGGAAGAGAAUGUAGCUAAGAAACCAGUGGAGGGUUGUUCUUCAAAAAAGAAUGAAGAUAAGGAAGAGCAUGUAGCUAAGAAACCAGUGGAGGGUUGUUCUUCAAAAAAGAAUGAAAAUAAGGAAAAGAAUGUGGCUAAGAAACCAGUGGAGGGUUGUUCUUCAAAGAAGAACGAAGACAAAGGAAAGAAGGUGGUAAAGAAACCAAUGCCGGCGGGGAAUAGAGCACGGAAGAGAGUGGAAAGAACAGGAGAAAAUGUUGGUGCUGAUAUUGAAGCCUCUUCCCAAAAGCGUUCGCGUCCAUCCCCACCUGAGGAGGAUGAUUCAGAAAAGGAUGAAAAGAAACCGGUAAAACAGAAGGGUCGUGAAAGUGUGUCUGAUUUUGUGGCAAAGGACAAAGGGGACUCGCCGAUGAUCGAUGAAGGAGUGCCAAUGAAUGAUGAAAGAAUGGAGAGUGCAGAGGAAGAGAGGGUGAACAAGAAGGAAGGAGAGGCUGAAGGGAAGCAUAAGGCCGGGGCGGAUUGCGAAAGUAGUUACAAAGAGAGGGAGCAACAUAGAGUGACAACAAAUCCAUCUAGGCCAAAGGAGGCACCGUUGAUUGAACUUCUUGCUGAAUGCUUUUGGAUUAAGCAUAAUCCAGAUAAUGUUCAUAAGCAAGAUACAAUCUCAAAGGAACCAGCUCUCGAUGUUCAGAGAAAAUUUUUUUUUCAAAAGAAAGUGCCAAUUGAAAAAACUGAAUCUGAGAAGGAGAGGGAUAUGUUGUGGGAAGAAAUGGAUGCUUUGCUCAGACUAGGUGAAGUUGACUCCUUGGUUGGCUGUGUUGAGAAUGUCGAAACGCAACAGAACACAGAGGUUCCGGCAACCAAUUGUAAGCACAAGUUUGUCCAUGAUGAAGAGACUGGAAUAUAUUGCAUACUCUGCCAUUGGAUGGUUAUAGACAUAAAAGGCAUGCCGGUGAGUGAGUAUCCAAGAGAAGGAUCAAGAAAGAAGCUGCUAUCUGAUGGGCCUAAUGGCUUAUGCUUUGAUGAGGCUCCAUUUGGUGUCCGAGAAGGUGGUUACUGUAACAAAGAAGGCACAGUUUGGGACCUGAUUCCAGCAGAUACUAAGCAAAACCUGUAUGCUCAUCAGCUUGAAGGUUUUGAAUUCCUUUGGAAAAACUUGGCAGGAACCAUGGAGCUUCCUAAAUUGAAGAGUUGUGACUCGAACAGCACGGGUGGAUGCAUCAUUUCUCAUGCUCCAGGGACUGGAAAGACGCGGCUGACCAUCGUGUUCCUCCAGACAUACUUGGAAGUGUUUCCAGAUUGCCAUCCCAUGAUUAUUGCUCCUGCUAGCUUACUGCUAACUUGGGAAGAUGAGUUUAGAAAGUGGGACAAUGAGAUUCCGUUCCAUAAUUUGAGCAAUCAAGACACAUCAGGAAAAGAGCACCAAGCUGCAUGGAGCAAAGUUGGAGGGUCUGCUCCAAGCCAGGAAGAUAUCCGGAUGGUGAAGCUGUAUUCUUGGUUCAAAAAACCAAGUAUUCUUGGAAUCAGCUACAGUCUAUUUCAGAGGCUUACCGGCUUGAAGCGUGAUAAAAGCUUGAAGGAGAAUGCUGCCAGAGGGGUCAUGGGAAAAAUCCUGCUUGAAGUUCCUGGAUUGUUGGUAUUGGAUGAAGGUCACACGCCACGAAAUCAGAGUAGUCAGAUUUGGAAGGUUCUUUCUGAGAUUCAAACUCACAAGAGAAUCAUCCUUUCCGGGACUCCUUUCCAGAACAAUUUUCUGGAGCUUUACAAUACAAUCUGCGUGGUCAGACCGUCCUUUCCGGAUACCAUACCUCCUGAGCUUAAAAAGUUCUGCCAAAGAAGAUUGAUGCAAGAGAAGAAAGAAUCUAAAGGUUUCAGUUGGGAGCCAGUUUCUUCAAUCAGAACUGAGAAUCUAAAUGAUGAGAACAUCAAGCAGUUGAAGCAGCUGAUGGAUCCAUUUGUGCAUGUUCACAAAGGCAGUAUUCUUCAGAAGAAUCUUCCUGGCUUGAAAGAUUGUGUGGUGACUUUGAUGCCAGGUGAUUUGCAGAAAAAACUUCUUGAGGGCAUUGAAGGACAUCCUAACACACUGCCUUUUGAUAGCAAGUCGGCCUUGGUGUCCGUCCAUCCAUCCCUUUUCCUUUGCUGCACUCUUUCACCUAAGGAAAGAGCUCUUGUUGAGAUGGAACAUUUGAAAGACCUCAAACUGAAUCCGAAUGUUGGCGUCAAAACAAGAUUUUUGGUGGAGUUUGUAAGGAUCUGUGAUGCAAUGAAUGAGAAAGUGCUUGUGUUCAGCCAGUUCCUUGAUCCUUUGACUUUAAUCAUGGAGCAAUUAAAGUCAAUUUUCAAUUGGACUGAGAAAAAAGAAGUUUUCUACAUGAGUGGAAAGCUGGAUAAGAACCAAAGGCAGUUACUCAUUCAUUCCUUCAAUGAUCCAAACAGCCAAGCAAAAAUCUUGCUUGCAUCCACUAAAGCUUGCUGUGAAGGAAUCAGUCUGGUUGGUGCUUCCAGGGUGGUGCUGCUAGAUGUGGUUUGGAACCCCUCGGUCGAAAGGCAAGCUAUCAGCCGUGCUUAUAGGCUGGGGCAAAAGAAGGUGGUCUACACUUAUCAUCUCAUAACACAUGGGACCACCGAGUACACAAAAUACUGCCAUCAGGCCAAGAAGGACCGGUUGUCUGAACUAGUCUUUUCAGCAAAGAACACUGAACAGGAUGAGCCCAAGAGUUCCGCCGUGGAAUUCGAGGAUGAAAUUCUCGAUAACAUGGUGCGCCAUGGGAAACUGAGGGACUUGUUUGGUGACUGUGUGGUGCAGCCAAAGGACUGUGAUUUGAUUGAUAAUUUGGAUCCUAAAAUUUCCUGAAACUCAAGCUUAAGUUGAGAGUUUCCAGUACUGAAGAGUGCAGCCAUUGUGAACAAGUUGUCACGGAGGAAUAGGAACAGCCGAGCAGCAAUCCAAGAUCAAGUGACCAAAUGGAAGUUGGAUACAGAACCUGAUUUUGAGUACAGUAAUUUCAGUUGUCUAUAAUACUUGCUAACUUAACUAUAUCAUUUGUGUAUAGCAGUGUUAACUCCUAAAGGUGUAAUUCAAAAGGGGACUUGUCUUGUUACUUGGGUGGAGGAAGUCAAUUUGUAAAUUUAUUUACUUUCCUAUCGCCUAAUCAGUUUGAAAAAAAAAUAUUCUGA